AUGGUGCUGGCAGUACGAAGCAUGGUGCUGGCAGUACGAAGCAUGGUGCUGGCAGUACGAAGCAUGGUGCUGGCAGUACGAAGCAUGGUGCUGGCAGUACGAAGCAUGGUGCUGGCAGUACGAAGCAUGGUGCUGGCAGUACGAAGCAUGGUGCUGGCAGUACGAAGCAUGGUGCUGGCAGUACGAAGCAUGGUGCUGGCAGUACGAAGCAUGGUGCUGGCAGUACGAAGCAUGGUGCUGGCAGUACGAAGCAUGGUGCUGGCAGUACGAAGCAUGGUGCUGGCAGUACGAAGCAUGGUGCUGGCAGUACGAAGCAUGGUGCUGGCAGUACGAAGCAUGGUGCUGGCAGUACGAAGCAUGGUGCUGGCAGUACGAAGCAUGGUGCUGGCAGUACGAAGCAUGGUGCUGGCAGUACGAAGCAUGGUGCUGGCAGUACGAAGCAUGGUGCUGGCAGUACGAAGCAUGGUGCUGGCAGUACGAAGCAUGGUGCUGGCAGGCGCUGCCUCUGCCUGCCAAUGUGCUCCAGCUUCUGUGCCAUGCCAUCGUUCACCCCAUUUCUUUGGGGCUGACAAGCAAGUCUUCACCCCUCACUGGUACGCCUCGCUCCUAGCCCGUCUGCAUCUCAACGCCUUCCGCAUCGCGCCGCUGCCCUCACUCACCACUGCAGCAGCAGCAGAGCACUGUCGCUUCGAUGCAACCACUCCAGACCGCAUCUCCCUCUCCUCAGCAGCACUCUUCCGAGCGGCGAGUGCAGCAGUGACGGGCGACGAGGCGGUCGGCACGGGGGUGUACCUCCUUCCUUCUUUCUUCAACCAUGACUGCGGUGCGUGCUCUCUGCUUGAUGCUGCAUGCUCUUUGCUUGAUGCUGCAUGCUCUUUGCUUGAUGCUGUGUGCUCUCUGCUUGAUGCUGCAUGCUCUUUGCUUGAUGCUGCAUGCUCUUUGCUUGAUGCUGCAUGCUCUUUGCUUGAUGCUGCGUGCUCUUUGCUUGAUGCUGCGUGCUCUGCUUGA